UUUACGAUUUUUGACAUAUGUCAAACAAAUUGUAGUAAAAUGUGAACAUAUCGAAAAGUGCACAAUCCAAUCGGAAAAAUGAACAAUUUCUACGCACUCUCCUACUUGAACGCCUUGGAACUGAAUCCGGUGGAGGUUUGUCCGGAGCAAGAUCUCCAAGACCAGAAGAACUUUCGCUACUCCAUUUUCCCAGUAAACGCACUGCCCAAACCCGAAACACCCCCGGAUAUUAAGGAAGACGUUCAAGAGUCCAAGCAUUUCCUUGCGCCGUUCCUCAAAACGGGACAGGACAACGUGCCAAGGACCAUCAAAGAGACAAACCAGGAGAAAAGGAGACCAUUCAGUUGUGAUUUGUGUGGAAAAACGUUCUUACUAAAGCACCAUUUGACCAAUCAUUCUAGAACGCAUACAGGGAUCAAGCCACACCGGUGUGAUCAGUGUGGAAAAUGUUUCACCCAGAAACAUUGUUUGAACACUCAUUUGUUGUUGCAUUCUAGUGACAGGCCUUAUCAAUGCAGGGAGUGCAAGAAAAACUUCACUCUAAAACACCAUCUAAUCACACACAUGAGGGUGCACACCAGAGAGAAACCUUUUGUAUGUGUCGACUGUGGUCAAAGUUUCCCCUUGAAAAGGCAUUUAAUAACGCACAGUAAAUUUCAUGCUGGUGAAAGACCAUUCUUGUGUGAGGAAUGUGGAGAGUCAUUUGCACAAAAGGAUCAUCUGGUGAUGCAUUCAAGAUUCCAUGGCUCAACAAACUCUUUUGCCUGCAACGAAUGCGGCCUAACAUUCACCCGAAAAUUCGAACUGGUAAAUCACGGAAGAGUCCACGGAAAACAACCACUUUCUUGUCCCGUUUGCAACAAGGAGUUUUUGCAAAAUCGCACCCUAGUAGCGCACAUGAGGCAACACUCCCAAUUUACUCUGCCUUGUUACACGUGCGGCGAAACAUUCCAACGCAAGGAAGACCUGAUCUCGCACUCACAAACGCGUCACCCCAAAUCGCAACUGGACCUCAUUUACAAACCUCUGAGCUGCCUACAGUGCCCAUCCACUUUCAGCACCCACGAGGCUUUGGCGUUGCACGUGAAAAUCCACGUGGGUAAUUCCGGCGCUCCCAAGCCGGAGACCGUGAAGAAGUUCGUCUGUGAUAAAUGUUCGAAGGCCUUCAGCGCGGAGCACGGACUUAAGCAGCACCAGAAGAAGAACCCGGACGGUCUGUGUGCGGUCAGGUCGUUCGUUUGCGACGUAUGCAACAAGGCGUUCCUGCAGAAGAACCAUCUGCAGUUGCAUCAGCGGCAGCAUAUGGAUACUAGUCGAAAAAGUGUAGAUUAAAUUGUAAUUGUGCACAUGUAGGAAGCAUAGGCCUUAUUUAAGUACUAAUUUAUUCACGAUAGGAUUAGGUUUGAAAUGUCUGUCGAAUGGUUCGAUUUGUUUUUGUGCAAUUGUUUCUUAUGAUUAAGUUAUAAAUAUGUAUUGAUAUUA